AUGUACCUCCCAACUAUCCUUCUCCUUCUCUCAGCUACAGCCCCCCUCACAACCUCCCACCCCACCCUCCUCAUCCCACGGCAAUCCCGUACAACCCGCAACGAUCUUCAAAAUGGAUCCGCCUGCAAACCAUUCACUUUAAUCUUCGCCCGUGGCACCACCGAAGUCGGAAAUCUUGGGACCGUGGUGGGACCACCUCUCAUCAGCGCAUUAGGACGUGUACUCCCCGGAGGAGCAAAUUCCUUAGCUGUACAAGGUGUCAACUACCCCGCUAAUGUUGCCGGGUUUGCUGUGGGAGGAGAUAGAGCUGGGUCGAGAGAUAUGGCGGCGUUGGUCAGUGGGGUUUGUGAGGGAAGUAAAAUUAUUUUGGCCGGAUAUAGCCAAGGUGCACAGUUAGUCCACAAUGCCAUUCCUCAGCUUCCACAAGCUGCAGCGAAUAAGAUAGCUGCGGUCGUUAUGUUUGGGGAUCCAAAGAAUGGAGAUGCUCUUGGAAAAGGAGCAGAUGCCAAGUCAAAAACCUUUUGCAAUGCGGGAGACUUGAUUUGUCGUGGACAAGCAGUGAUUUUAGCGCCUCAUUUGACUUAUGGAUCUGAUACGGGCGAUGCGGCGAGGUUUGUAGCAGGCUUGUCUGGGAGGUAG